AUGCUGGAGAAGUUCCCCAAGGCCGUGGAGCCCGCGCGGUGGUGGCCGCGCCGCCACCCGCAGCAACAGCCGAAGAGCAGCACCACCACCACCCGGUCCAGGAGCUCUGGUCAGGAGUCUACUCGUGAAACAAGGCAUGAAGAAACCGCGACUUUGCUGUUGGGAAGAAACUACCGACGUCUAGCCGGAGGGGCCCGCGAUGGGACUGCAGGCGCGCUCGCCGUUGCCCAGGUUGCGGUCCUGGUCCGCGCAGGCCCCGCGCUCGCGCCGUCGCCGUGCCUCUGCCCAGGCCUCGCUCGUCGCUGGCCCCGGCCGCGUCGGACGCGGUCGCUCGACCGCGCUGGCUGUGCUCGCGUGCUGGCAGCUCUCGCUUGCGCUGGCCUGCUGCGCGUGCUCCGUGCCAAGGACAAGCACCAGUACCUAACGGUGGGGAAGCUGGUGCUGUCCAUCAACCGCGGCCUCGCCGUGGUGGGGCCCGCGCUUGUCGGCACCGCCGCGGUGGCCGCGGCCUUCAUCGGGACCGGCGACAGCGCGUGGGCGUGCGGCACGCUGGUGGCGGCGGUGAACACGGUGGAGCACGGCGGCGCAGCUGGGCAUGUUGUUCGAGCUGCUGCGCAACUGCGCCGGGUUCUACCGCAAGGUGCAGGAGGACAUCGAGGCCACCCUGGGGGACACCGACGUGGAGCGGCGGGAGAACGGGGAGGUGUUCCGGACCAAGGUCGCCCUGCUGCUGGGCCGCGAUGCAGCGGAGCUCCGGCAGUUCACAAGGAUGGCGUCGAUGUCGGUACGACGGCUGAACCUGGUAGGAGGAAGAAGAAGGACACGACGUGGCGGAUCUUCUCACUGAAGGAGCUUCAGUCGGCGACGAACAAUUUCAAUUAUGAUAACAAGCUCGGCGAGGGUGGGUUUGGCAGUGUGUAUUGGGGCCAGCUCUGGGAUGGGUCACAGAUUGCCGUGAAGAGGCUCAAGAGUUGGAGCAACAAAGCUGAAAAAGAAUUUGCUGUCGAGGUGGAGAUUUUGGCACGAGUGAGGCACAAGAGCCUUUUAAGCUUGCGCGGAUAUUGUGCUGAAGGCCAGGAACGCUUGAUAGUCUAUGAUUAUAUGCAAAACCUGAGCAUACACUCUCAACUUCAUGGACAGCACGCAGCAGAGUGCAAUCUCAGUUGGGAAAGAAGAAUAAAGAUCGCCGUCGAUUCUGCAGAAGGGAUCGCAGACGUCAAGGCGAGCAAUGUUCUCCUGGAUUCGAAUUUCCAAGCUCGGGUUGCUGACUUUGGGUUUGCCAAGCUAAUUCCAGAUGGUGCAACGCAUGUCACCACAAAGGUGAAAGGCACACUCGGUUAUCUCGCACCAGAGUAUGCAAUGCUUGGGAAGGCCUCUGAAAGCUGCGAUGUCUUCAGUUUCGGAAUUAUGCUCCUAGAGCUUGCCAGCGGGAAGAAGCCAGUUGAGAAGCUUAACCCCACCACGAAGAAAACCAUAACUGAGUGGGCUCUUCCUCUAGCUCGUGACAAAAAGUUCAAGGAAAUUGCUGAUCCAAAGCUCAAGGAUAGCUUCGUCGAGGAUGAGCUGAAGCGAAUGGUGCUUGUUGGGCUCGCCUGUUCUCAGGACAAACCAGAGCAGAGACCCAUAAUGUCUGAAGUCGUUGAGCUGCUCAAGGGAGAAUCUACUGAGAAGCUUUCCAACCUGGAGAACGAUGAUCUGUUCAAGCCUGAUAGCUCAUUUCAGAGCUCAUCCGGACCUGAUAGCUCAGAUUGCGUCACCGAGGAGAGGAGUCCCAAAGCUGAUGCGAUAGAGGAGGCAGUUGAUUCAAGUGAGACAGUUCCCUCAGCAAGGUAG